AGAAGCAGAUCGGUGAUGGAGGAGACGACCAUGCGCGAUCUCCGCGUAUUGAUCGUCGGGAACGCGGGCCACAGCAUCGCUCAGGCAAUGGCAUUAGUUUGCGACCUCAUCUCAAUAGGGUCCGGUGCCGCCUCCUGGUGCGUAGUGAGUGCGUGUCAUGGGCUCGGAAACCCCAGCGGCCCGCGGCCCUUGAUGUGUGCCUACCACACGUACCCCAGCACCCGGGGGUCCCGAACUAUGGGCUGGACUCACGCUGACCACUCGGUAUUCCAUACAAUUAGUCCAGCAGCUCACCACCAUAAAGAAGUAUUACCGACAAAGUAUGGGUCCAAGCCACCGACGACUGCAUCCGGCAAGCACUUGAAUAAAUCUUCUUCCAAAAAUGGUCAUUCAACAUCGAAAACUACGCUUAUUUCCGAAUUGCCGUUAUUGGAAAGCAGCAAAUCGUCUUCGCGACUCAACCUGAACCAAAGCAAGACAAAUUUGACACCGAGCUCACCGAUGGUUGAUUCAUUCCCGGCUAUCAAUAAUAAUUCACGAACUGUGGAAAUUCAAGGGACGACAAACAACAACAGGGAGAAUAAUGGCUUUCCUAUGACACCAACAGAAGCUCUUAAACUGUAUGGGAACCGUUUGACAGAGUACGAGAAGAAUGAAAUAGAGAAGUAUUCCAAGAUUUGGUAUUUGGGCUUAAAUGCUUGUAAAAUUCAUGGCGAAGUUGGGGGUUCGCAAAACUGUGGUUACGACGACGAAAGUGGGAGCUACAUCAAGGUUCUGCACGAUCACAUCUGCUACCGAUACGAAAUCCUGGAAGUUAUUGGAAAGGGUAGCUUUGGGCAAGUCAUCAGGGCGCUCGAUCACAUGACCAAUAAGCAUGUAGCGAUCAAAAUCAUAAGGAACAAGAAGCGGUUCCAACAUCCGGCACUGGUAGAAGUCCGAAUACUGGAUCAUUUGCGAAAAAAAGACAAAGAUGGAAAUCACAACGUCAUCCACAUGUCUGAACAUUUCACCUUUAGAAAUCACCUCUGCAUAAGUUUCGAGUUACUAAGCCUUAAUCUUUUCGAACUGCUGAAGAAAAACAGCUACCGUGGAUUUAGUCUAAAUUUAAUCAGAAGGUUUGCCAGUUCCAUUCUCAAAUGUCUGAGGCUUCUCCAGAAGGAAAACAUCAUACACUGCGAUCUUAAACCGGAAAAUGUUCUGCUGAAGGAAAGGGGAAGUACUUCGAUAAGAGUAAUAGAUUUCGGAAGUUCGUGUUACACAAACCAACGGGUUUACACUUACAUCCAGUCUCGUUUUUAUCGAUCACCGGAAGUCAUAUUGGGGUUGCCCUAUGGGACGCCUAUUGAUAUGUGGAGUUUUGGCUGUAUCUUGGCCGAGUUGUACACGGGUUAUCCAUUAUUUCCUGGCGAAAAUGAAGUCGAGCAACUUGCGUGCUUGAUGGAAGUUUUGGGACAGCCACCUGACGAGCUCAUUGUCAACGCUACUAGAAAGAGAUUAUUUUUCGAUUCCCGGGGGAACCCCAGAUGCAUCACAAACUCCAAGGGCAAGAAACGCAAGCCAGGAUCGAAGAACUUGUCGACAGCACUGCACUGUGAUGAUCCCUUGUUUAUGGACUUCAUAUCCAGGUGUCUUGAGUGGAACGCCAAGAAGAGAAUGACACCAGAUGAAGCGUUGCGCCACGAAUGGAUUCUCUCGGGCACUUCGGGCUACCAAAAGUCUGGAAAUGACUUACGACACAGCCAUUCUGAAGUAAACGUAGGCCACGAGAGUUAUUCGUCUAGCAGUACUUCCGGCAGCAGCCAUUCCCGCAUUUAUCAUAAAAAUAUCGCUCCCAAGGGUGAUAAAGUCAAGGCCAAAAUUUUAGAUACUAGAUUACAUGAUAGUAUUUCUAAACUAGAUUCAAACUUGAACGAUUCGGGAACUUUUCUUCCCCCGAUUCUUUAGUCAAGUUGUCGAAAACUCAAUGGGCCAACGAUCUCCAAUAAGACCAAGUUUUUCGGUAGAAGUUAGUAAACUAGAUAAUCGUAUUUGUUACCAGAUUGGAAGUCAUAACAGUUUCAGUAAUUUGAUUAGAUAACAGGGUGCAAAUAAUUGUUGAAACAGGCGAAAAAUACUACAGCCAUUUCGUUACUGAGAGAAGUGGUUAUUGAAACUGCUAUCUACAAGAGUAGAUUUUUAGUACAAUCAUAAACGUAAUGAAUAUAGAAGUAUUUCUCCUAAGCAAAUCUGUUAUCAAAAUGCUAUAAAGUUGUUGUGACUGAUACAUAUUGCCUAAAUGUAUAAUAAAAUUUUAGAUAUACAGAAUUGAAUAGAAUGUGACAUAAAUAUUAAUCGUUGAAAGCUUCAUAUGUUCCUUGAAUAGGUAUAUUAUCUUUUGAUAUUCAAGUUUGUUUGCUAACUCUCUGUUACUACUCUCUACUAAUAAAGCUUCCAGUUUAUUGUAACGGAGAUUGGCAUACCCCACAAACCACGUAAAUAAUUCAUUUUUGUAAGUUUAAUUAAGGUGUCUAAUUAUUACUAAUAACUAAUUUAAGUUUGUACCUUCGUUUCUAAGUUUUUUAUUUCUUUCUGUUAAAAAAUAAUAAUGCCAACAUAUGUUUUAUUUAACGUUAUAUUUAGAAGUGUUGUACUAAUGUAAUUUAAUGUUCUAUACAACAAAUAAGCGUGACCUAUGUACUCUUGGUCACAUAUCUGACAUUUACUGUAAAUUCCCCAAUGUGAUAUAUACUGAUAAUAUUAUUAUGUAUAAAAUUAAUAUAGCAGCCUAACUAGUAGAUUCCUGACUAGUCGACCAUUUACAAGGUAUUUCAUAAUCAAAGAAAAUUUUUUCGGUUGACCACGAAAUGUGCACUUUGAUAAUUUCAUAAUGAAAUUGAAAUUUUACACAAAACACUUUAUAAAAUAUUCAGUUCGCUUAAAAUAUAAAAGUGUAACAUAAUGUUGUAAGUUCGUUAAAUAAGACUGAAAUAACAUGAA